UGAUGUGCUGCCUCACCUUAGGUCCUUGAACAAUGGAGUUGGCCAUCUAUGGACUGAUACCUGUGAAACCAGAAAGAAUCUUGGCUCUUAUUGGAUUAUCACCAUUCUAUGUAUGAUGGCGCCUGCAACUUCCUCUUUUUCUGGGUACUUCAUGGCCAUUCUUCUCUUACAGAUGGAAAUGCUCACCUCAGAGCAGUUCACUGUGCGCAGCUCCGCGAGCCACAGGGUGGUCACGGUGGGCGCACAGACAGAGUUCAGCUGCCAGCUGUGGCCACCCCAGAAUGCACUGCACAUGGAGGUGGGCUGGUUUCGGAAUCAGUCCUCUCCGCUGGUUUACCUGCCUGCGAAUGAGGAAGAGCGCUCUGGAGAAAGCACGCAGAACUCUGCAAAUCCCACGUUAUUCCUGAAGGACGCCCUAGAAGAGGGCAAAAUAUCCCUUAGAAUCUACAAUAUCAGUAUUUUUGAUGGAGGGCUGUACCACUGUUUCUUUAGGGAUGGUGACACCUAUGAAGAGGCCACUGUGGAUUUGAGGGUGGCAGCUAUAGGCACAGACAUACAGAUUAGUGUUCAGGUUUCUGACACAGAGGGGCUGCUGGUGGAAUGUGACUCAGGAGGGUGGUUCCCACAAGCUGAGAUGACGUGGAGAGACAGCAGUGGAAAUACAAUUCCACACUCAUCAAAAUAUUACUCUCAGGAUGGAACUGGAUUAUUACACCUGAAGAUGAGUGUUCUUCUCAAAAACAGCACCCAUGGUCCCGUCACUUGCUGCUUUUACAACCCAGCCACUGGCCAGGAGAAAAGAGCAGGUAUUGUCAUAUCAGAUAUCCUGUUGAAAUCAAAGUGUAUGUUUUGGUCAGCUACAAUCGCUCUGAUGUAUGCGAUCAUUAUGAUCCCUGUGUUGGCUCUUCAGUGUUGCAGAAAAAGAGUUCUACAGAAUAGAAGAACUUGCUUUCAAGUUGUGCUUCAGGGUCUUCCUUUAGUGUUACACGUGGCCUUCUUACCUCUCUACUUCAGGUUCAGGAGCAGAGGCUUUAUUUCAGAUGACCUGUACUCAUUGUAUUGUGGAUGGAUAUGGGAUCUAUGCAUAAUGUUGACUGUAUUGAUGGUGUUUUUCUCUGUGCUUAUUCUCACUCUACUUAACAUAUCAACAAUUUUUUCUAAUUAGGAAAUGAGUCUUUUCAUCCGAAACAAAAGAGGCUGGAUGACUGUAAAAGAGAUGAUAUAAAACUUUGAGGAAGAAGCAUUUUGUACCAAGAACCUAUAUUUUUUAGCAAAGCCAAGUAAUCACCAAAGUGUGGGAGAAAAAUAAAAAGUUUCCUGGAGACUCAAAUAUUUCUAGAACAUAUUAUAUGAAUGUCUUAUUUACAAAAUUUUGAGAUUAUUUAUGUCAAAUAUAAUUGCUUCAUAAGAAUUCAAGCUGUGUUAAUACCUAAUUGUAGGAAAAGUGAUAAGCUAAUAAACAAAUGUUUCAUAAAAUCUAAACAUUGCCCUGAAAUAGUCAAAACAUAUCAUAAUCAGAAAUAUAAAUAAAAUGGAACCUCUGGUUUUCAGUCUGAGACUCAAGUUGAAUGAAAUUAUAAAAUAGAAGAUAUUUGUUUUUCAGGCCAUAGGCUUACAACUUAAGAAUAAAAGCAAUUUUAAUCAAAAGAGAUGGAAAACAAAUUCCUGGAGACUCAUAGAAUACACCAAUAUUUACAUUAGUAUUAUACAGAAAGCAUAAAUACUAUAGAUAAAGAAGACCACUACAUGUUAGCACAAGGUGUCAGUAUUUGAAAUUUUUAAUAUCUGGUUUGCAUGUGGUGCUAUCUUCUUGAGGUUUCAAUUUUUUUGUAUUCCGUUAUGACUGCUUAUCUAAUCUAGUAUAAAGUAGAGGGGAAAGCAACACUUUUAAACAUACUACACUUGUCUAACUCAGUGCAAAAUCAAUCCAAGGCAAUUUGUAAAUGUCUACAUGGGAGUUUAAGAUAAGGACCUAUUAGAAAUUAAUCCAGGACAUCACAGAAGAAAAACUUGAUGUGAAACUAACACUAGAUAAGGAUUUCUGAAGAAGGUAAGUUUUGAAUUAGACUUUUAAGAUAGUUUGUACCUCAGGCUUACAAGAGAAAAAUAAACCAGGCACCUCGUGGUUCUAAGGAUUAAUACUUUUGCUAAGAAUGGCUUGUUUUAAGUAGUCUUGUCUCUCUCUUGAGUUCUUGGUGUUUUUAAAAGCUUAUGGAUUAGAAGAAUUAAUAUGGUCCAAAUGUCUGUACUACUGAAAGUGAUUUAUAGAUUAAAUGCAAUCUCCAUUAAAAUAUCAAUGACAACCUUUACAGAAAUAGAGAA